AUGGAUGCUGCCGAGAUUGAUGUAGCGUUCAACUCGAAUUGCGAUAUUGUCUUGUCGUUGCUGUCGCCGUUCGCGCCGAACAAAGCAACCAUAAAAGCUCGAACCAGCGGUGUUCUGCUCGUCGCCGGCGUCGGCUCGUUUUUCGCCUAUCGCGUUGUCUCAAACUUGCUCGGCAAUCGAUUCGUUUGGGAGUGUCUCGAAGCGCGAAAUCUUGAUCAAUUACCAACAGCCGAUCGACGUCUUCUCUAUUCAUUUAACAUUGAUGAGGACGACGACGAGGAGGAGGUGGACGAGGAACGGCGCGAGGCGCGAGGGGAACGAUUGAGGAAUGAUAGCGAUGAGACGAGAAGCGUUCGAUCGCUUGGACAGGUCUCAUUAUGCCGAUUGAAUCGCGCGCGACGCUCGAUUCGACAAUCGCGCGGUCUUCUCGGCUCGCUGAACCCGUCGGAUCGUCAUAAAGACGGCAUCGUGAGUCGGCAAUCGUCGCGUUCGGUGAAAUCGGGCGUUCGCUCAACGUCGUCGUCGUUCGGCUCGAUGAAAUCGGCGUCGUUUCGCAUCGUCUGGGAGGGCAGUCAGCCGUCGUGGGACGACUACGGUGUGCCGACGACGUCGGCCGAGGCGUUGCCGAAGGCGGCGUUGUCGCGAAUCGCCGGCGGAUGUGUGCCGUCGACGUCGGCCCGAGAGGAUUUGGCGUCGGUUGGCGAUCUUUGCAGCGUUUUCAACGAUGUGAUGUCUGUGACGUCGGCCGUCGAGGGCAACGAUGCGCUUCUUCUCGACGACGAUGAUUAUCGCGAAGACGACGAAGGGAAUGAGAGCAUCUGGCAGAAGUGUAUGGCCGAGAAGUACAUGUACGAGAGUUUCGCGAUUGAGCCGAGCGAAUCCGGCUCGCAUGGCGUUUAUGAUGACGAGGAGACGAUGAGCAAACCGACGGCGAAUCCGUCGAUGCUGUCGCCGAUGGAUUCCGAUGAGCACGUGAUGACGCGAAGCAGCAACUCGAAACGCAGUCGAUCGAUGUAUGACUCGGCGAUUGGCGGCGAAUUGUCGAGCGAUGAUGGAUCGAGCUAUAAUAAUAAUAAUAAGAGGCUCAAUGUGCUCGAGGAGGCCGACAGCUCGUCGAUAGUGGCGCCGUCGUGCGCCAGUCUCGAAUGGUGCGAUGAUAUUGCGAGAUUUGCGUUUUCCAGAGUGAUGCAGAGCGAGACGGGCGGCUCGCCGUUGCGACGCGCCAAUUUGGAUUGGGACAUGGAGUCGGAGAUGAUGGACGCCGUGCCGUCGGUAUCGUCGAGUUGUAUUCGCGACGUCAACGCAACGUAUGCGCCGAAAUCGUCUCGAGACCUAAUGGUGAUGGCUUGCGAGAUGUUUCCGCCGUACUCGCCGCCAUUCAAGGCGAUCAAGAACAUCUACUAUAAGCGGCGACUGAAGCGCGUCGGAUUGUACUCGCCGACGGAGACGACGAUGAGUUUGAUGCUUCGAUCGGCGCUCUACCAUCGGGUGCCGAUUCUUCGGAAUCAGACGAGGAGCGCAAUGGAAGCGGAAUUCCGCGAAGAGGUCGCUGAGAGUCGUAUAGUAAACGAUGUUGGUGGUCGCGUGCUCGCAUUAUAG